AUGGACUUGUGGAACUGGGAUGAAGCUUCACCACAGGAAGUGCCCCCAGGGAACGGGCUGUCAGGGCUGGAAGGCGCUGAACUCGGCUUCUAUUUCCCUGAGCUGGCCCUCCCAGGGGACACGCUGACCGCGGAGACACGCUGGAAAGGUCCCAUUCAGCUGUGGCAGUUCCUCCUGGAGCUGCUACGAGACGGGGAGCGUAGCAACUGCAUCCGCUGGACGGGCAACAGCCGCGAGUUCCAGCUGUGUGACCCCAGAGAGGUGGCACGGCUCUGGGGUGAGCGCAAGAGGAAGCCCGGCAUGAACUAUGAGAAGCUGAGCCGAGGCCUACGCUACUACUACCGCCGCGACAUCGUGCGCAAGAGCGGUGGGCGCAAGUACACUUACCGUUUCGGGGGCCGCGUACCCGGCCUGGCCCAUACCGACUGCGCGGGGGAUGGACAGGGAGGUGCGACCCAAUAAAGAUAUCCCGUCAAAUUA